UGUUAUUCCUAAUAACAUUUACUUUUUAGCUUUAAAAAAACCCCAGCAACCACACAUGGCUAUAAUGUUUGAGUGGCUGAAGGCUUUGGCUGGAUACAUUCUGAAGGUCAUUAGUGUGAGGCCAUGUGUGCGUGUGUGUUUCAGAAAAGCUGAAAAGAACCCUGGAUCAUUCCUGCUGGGCUCUGGGGAAGUGAGCAGUACUUGGAGAGUGCUCUCUCCCCGGCUGGCUGCAGAACAGCUUCCAGAUCUGAUUGCAGUUCUGGGGGCUUCUGUGAUUUGACUCCACAUUUCACUGAGAACUUUUGUAUCAUAGUUAUGCUUGUUCAGAAGGGUUUUUGGUAUGCUGAUGUCUGUCUCUAGAGAGGUACUACACACAAUUUGGAUAACAAAUGGUGUGGAAAGUAUAGCAGGAAGAACUUGCUGUACAAGCAUCUUGUGUUUCCUUAUGCUUCUGUCAGGAUCAGUGGGAGCCUUUGAGCAGACAGUCACUGUCUCCUGUUCUACAAUUGUUCUGUUUCUCUUCUUCAUUCAUAAAGCUCUGGCUUUGCACAAAAUGAUAAAUGCCAGUACAGUCUCCUGUAUUUUUUUAAAUUAAACUGCUGACUGAUAGACUUCAAAUUAUUCCUCAUAUAGUCAAAACAUAAAAUUGGCAGGCUUGUGUAGGUAAAUUAAUUCAGUUCUAUACUGGAUGAAUAUAGGGAGAGAAUUUUUUCCCAUUUCCUUAACUGAAAGGGAUUUGGUCUUGACCUUUUGUUGUCUCUGGCACAUUUUGUGACUUUCUUGGAAGUUGCUUGUGGAAAGACCCAAGUCCUUUUGUCUUUCUCUCUGCUUAAAAUUCAGAUUCCUUGAUUCUGCAUAUUUAAUUAGGGCAUCCAUUGCAGUUUGUGUGCAUGGAUUAACUUUUUUUUAUGUGAAGCUCUAUUCCUGGAGCACUGUGCUUUGGAAUAUAUGCUUUUCUUUAAGAGACAGUUUCUUUUAGUCUCACAUGCCACCUGAUUGAGCAAAACCCUUCUUAGGCCUCAGAUAACUUGGGAAAAUGUUCCAAGAUGCAAAUCCACUCAUUUUAGUGGCUAGAUGACAGUGAAUUUCAGCUGUCCCAUGGCUGUGUUUGUUAGUAGAGCCCUCCAGCAGCCAUUGCCUUCUGCACUGCCUCAGGAGCAGGGAGAGAAGCUGGUUUUGUACUCCAGAGUCCUGUGCUUCUCUUCCACUCCAUAGUGUGGAGACUAAUGUAGAGCCCUUCUGCAAAGGAAAUGGAAUUCGUGGGAGAAGGUGCAGACCUUGCCAGGCUGUCUUAGUCUGGCCUCCUGCUGCUUCUGGAUCAGUUUCAUUUUGGACCAGUUUUACCAUUUGAGUUUUCAGUCCUGAAGCAAAGCAGUUAGAAAAAGAUGUAACAAAAGAGUUCAUGGGCUUUGAGGAAUUAAGUUUUUAAUGUGUGUACACAAACUUAGUUUUGAUAAGUAUUUAAUUUCUUCUACCACUGUGGUCUGUAAGUUUUAUUACUUUGUUCUUUCAGAAGUCUGAAGCUAUUUUUCCCACUGCAGGUGUGUGUCCAGCAGUAAAUUUCUUGAUAUGUUUCUUCUCCAGCUAUUCCUCAAAACUCUUCUUAUGCUAUCCACUGAUGCCUUCCUAGCCCCAGUCACCUGCUAGAAUCUCUAAACAUGUGACUCAUGUUCCAUUUCAAUAUUAAUUUUUGUGUGAUUGCUACAUCUUUCUGUGUGCAUUUUUGUUUUUUUUCAUUGGGUUGUAAAUUAGCUAUUGUCAGAUCUGGCUCUUUGAGUAGGACUUUGGCUUUUCAGUUACACUGUGAGUGAUUUUCCAUCUGUUUCUGGUUUACAAUCCUUACCUAAAGGAAGAGGUGAAUGUGAAACCCUUAAAAGACUCAGUUGAAAUGGUUGUCUACAAAAUAAGUUGUUUUAAAAAGCAGUUGUGAAAGCAUUCCAGUGUGUGGAUCUUGAAAUAUCUGGUGUUGCAUUAUUUGGUUAACGUGGUGUUUAGUUGAAGCACUGAUUUUUAACUCCCUUUUUAAGAGAUGAGAGAAAAUACUCGAAAACACCAGGAGCUUUAUUAAAGUUGGCAUACUUUGCUUAAUGCAGUAAAAUGUAUUAUUUAAAAAUAAUACCCACAAAAGAGUGCAUUUGUGAACAAAGCCACAUCUUAUCUGGAAUUAACCUUGAAAUCUGACAAACCUGGGAAAUAGCCUUUCUUACCUAUAAAUACCAAACCCUACACGGGUUGUGCUUUUACUGUUCUGCUUAGGGAACAUCUAAUGGUGGUAAAAGCAGAUUUCGGGCUGUCCAGAGCACUUAGUUCCUGCUAAGGAUGGUACAGAAUAACAUGAUGGACUUAGCUGGCAAUAGAGGAACUUCUUUCCUCCAGUGUAAAAGUUACCAGGGAUGUCUUUGAGAAUAAAACUUUGGUUUAAUGGGCUUUGAAGUGUAAAACUUGAGGUUUGGUUUGCUCAGAACCUCAUGUUGCCCAUUCUGCUCCCUCUGUUGGAGUGAAUUCCCUUUCCCAAGUAGGUCACCUUAGUUAAGAGUUUGAGCCUCAGAUUUCAUUCUGGAAUAGUUUGUGGAUGUAUUGGUGUCUUAUGCAUGGGUGUUGUUCGUGUUGGGCUUCAGUCUCACCCUUUAAGGAAUGCAGGGUUACAGUGGACCUGCAGUGGCUGAAGCAGUGGGUUUGGCCAUGAGGGAUGUCUGUUGUUGCUGCAAUCUUUUAAUACAGCAACAAAUAAUUGCAAAAAAAGCUGAAGAGAAAAACUUUGUAAACUCAGAUGUUUUGUAAUUGUUGCCUUGAACCUUUAGGCAGGUUGGAAAUGGAUGGCAUGGAGUGCCAACAUGUUACCAGUGGUUUGAAGGAAACUUUGUCAGGAUUACAGCAUUACCCAGGUCCCUGAUUUAUCAUGACCAAAAUAACAGUGCUUGGAAACCAAAUCAGUAACUGGUAGAUAACAGAAGCUUGAAAAAUGGGCGGAUGCCUAAAUCAUUUUACAGAAGGAAUGGUAGACUCAUGUCAUCUGGGAAAAAAAUGGGUUUUCCAGUAACUACCUCAAAUGUAGGAUCACUGCAUAUAUCUUCAUGGAGGAGUGUAUUUUUGUAACAUUAUUGAAAUUUCUUAGUAUAAUGUGCCUUAAUUCCUAAGUAAACAAAUGCUGUGAAAUCUUUUAAAGCAAAUGUAAAUUUCACAAGUGUAGAGGAUGCUGUUAAUUUUUGGACAUUCCUGUGGCAUCUUUUUGAUGUAUAAUAACUUGGAGAACAAGAAUGUGUUCUUAAUUAUAAUACCUCAUCAGUUCUGUUUACUGCUAAUUAUUUUACAAGUUUAGAGAAGCAUUUAAGAUGAAGGUCAUGGGGUUACUUGUGAAGUUCUUGGUCCAACCCAGUGUAGGUGAACUGAGCGGGGAAAUUUGCCCUGAAAUUGCUUUUGGCAGGUCCUGUGAGUGUCUGAGGCAGAGGGCUAACCCAACUGGAAAGAGCCUUUUAAAGGGUGACUAAUGCAUAACUAAAGCACCCUUUUUAGAGGUGAGGAAAGUUGAUGUGAGUAAUUGGAUUUCUAUAUCUUAAGCUUAUUAAAAAUAACUAAAAAUAUUUCAAUGGUCCUAUUUAUGGGGUAUAUGUACAUAUGUUAGUACUUGUCAGUGUUUGAUUAUGUCAAUAAUGGAACAACUUUGUGUUGUUUUUUUUUCCUGUUUUGAUGCUUCUGUCAAGGUAUUACCAUGAAAAAACAUUCCAAAUUUUAAUUAAUCUUCAAAUGCCUAAAUAGAUUUGAAAUUAAUUUGGUGAGAAUUGGAAAAAAAAAACCAAACCAAACCCAAAGCAACCCCAACAUUAGCUUAGUGGGACGGAAAAACACCUUUCAAAAUAUUUAAUACAUUGUCUUAACUGAGGAUGAGUUGAAUGUUUGAAACAGAGCAUUUCUUUAAACUUGAAAGUUCUGUUUCUGAAAGCAUGAAUGUCCUGGGGUUGAAUACUCCUGCAGCUCUGCAUGUUUCACAGUGCAAAGUGAAAUUACCAGAUGCCAUAUUCCACUUCUAUGUGCACGACUUUCCCAUUGUAUUUAAAACAGGGACGUAUAGAACAGCAUAAAACAGGACACAUGGGUACUUGAGCAAGUCAGGCUGGGGCUUGUUGCACUGCUUCCAGUGCUCUUUGCUUUGCUGUAACUGGUUAUUUUGAGAUGAGACUGGGGAAGCUGGGAUGCAGAGGCAGAGACCACUAGAUGGCCCCACUGGUUUUUGCUGGGCUGUGGGUAAUUUCUGCAUCCCUUGUCAGAAUCUGCCCAGGAUUAUCAGGGAGCAGAGUGGUGGUGAAGUUGGCUUUCAGUCUAAAAUGAGGUUAAACCUAUACAUAUUCAAAAAGUAAAUUGAUGUUGGAAUGCAGAUACUCAAAAUCAUGAAGACAUUUAAAAACCCUCUUUGCAUAUCAGCAUUGGUUUCAAAAUGAUGUUCUUAACACUUAGUAACUUCCUGUACCUAAGUUUUGCAUGUGAGGAGGAGUAAGGUUUUACUUGAAGUAAAUCGAGCUUCUAUUUCUUGGAAGAAGACAGAAAGAUGGGAACAUGGGGUUUGUAUUUAUCCAUGUGGAUAUUGUUUGUUCACUUUGGUUUGUCCCUCACCUGUGGGCUUGGUUGCAGUUCCAUGAUGAGUACAGUUGGAAUUACCUUGCUAAAGGUAGCUAGUGUGACUUGUGACCGUUUCUGUCUGAUUCCUGGUGUGUCCUUUCCCACCAGUAACUAAACCAGUCAUUCCAUUUGCUUGGAAGUGUGUUUGCUAUUGCACUGUACAUCUUUCAUGAGCUGGAAAACUGGGUUAAGAUGGUGGAAUGUCUUGUGUCCAGUCACCAUCUGUCUAUAAGAAACCAGUUUCCAUUGGCUUUGAUGGAUCUGUGUCUUUGAAGAAAGGAGCUUGAAGAGUACUUACAAAUUUUGGUUUGUUACAAGAACCUUGGUGUUCUGCUACACAAUGUCGGCUUCAGGGGAUGGGACAGUGCAAUGAAAAUGGUUGCAAGAGCAAAUUUCUUUCAUUUCCCACCACGGAUUUCGCUAGUGGUUUAAAAAUUUCAAAUGGAAUUCAUGGAUCCUGAAAGGGUUCUUGGACUUCUAAUAUUUUCUCCCAUUUAUUUUUAUAGUUUUGGUGAAUUUUAUUUUUAUUCUUGAAUUGAUUAUUUGACAUUGUUUCUGAUAAAAGUAGAUAUUGUGGACUGUGUAACAUGGAAUGAAGCAUGAGUUACAUGUUUAAAUUAUCUUCAAGGUACAGUAGUUGAAUGUCUUAGUUUAAAGCAAUGAUGUGUGUUCCAACAGCAUUUUUCUUCUAAUUUUUCAUAAAGAAUCCAUUCAGCUGAAGAGUGUCAAAAGGAGUCUACGAAUGAGACACCAAGAUGGCAGUUCCACUGGGGAAUGAGAGGUUGAGGAAAUGGACUAAUGCAUGAGUGCUGGGAUGUCUGUCCAAGAAAAGGAUGUUAAAACGUGGACUCUCAUGUUAUUAAACCAGAGAAGAUCUGGGUUGUGAUCAUCCUAUCAAAAUGGACUUGCAUUUGAAUGAAUCAGUGACUAUCCAGUGAUGGAUCUGUUUGAGGACUGGGUGGCAAAAUUUUCCUUUUGGGUUGUUUUUGCAUGACAGGCAAAUUAAUUUGGUAAAAGAUCUGUUGCUACUGCUUUACAUUUUGAGAAAAUGUAAUUUAUGAAGUGAUUUUAAAUAAAAGGUUUUGGUUUAUUUCACACUUUGUGUUUGUCCUUUCUGGCUGAAUAUUUUUUGUUGAGUUGAUACUAAAGUGGGUUACAUUUUUGGUUGCUAUUAAACUGAGAAAUACUUUAGCUAAGUACUGGAGGCAAGGUAAAAUUUUGUGCUUUACUUGGUAUCAAAUGUGGUUUUCAUUUGCAAAUUACGUUCACUUUGCCAUGACUUCGAAUGAAUUUUUAUUCGCUGGCUUGUUCAUUCAGGUGCUUAAUAUGAGGGGUUUUCAGUACUUGGCCUAUUGUCAGGGCACUGCUGCUGAACUUUGUGAAGUUAUUUUAAGAUGGAAUUGAUACCAGUUGAAGGCUGAGAAAAUAUGACAAUAAAGGAGUACUUGAAUGUUUUGUGUAACUUUUUUAGGUAUGUUCUUGGGUUGUGUGUGGGUACAGAAACUUUUCAACAGAUUUCCUGGACUACAGACUUCCUGAACAGUCUCUCUGGUCUUAAAAUUGUUCUGUGCAAGUGUCCAAUGUGCUUCACUGCUCUUGCAUGUAGCCUUAGUGUCACGAUACUGUGCCAUGUGUUUGAUGAGAAAAAUUGAGUUAUUUUUGAUAAGGCUACAAAAGACAUUUUAACCUUUGCAAAUGAAUUCUAAAAUGGUUCUAAUAUUUGAAGUUGUGAUUUCCUUACAGGUUUCUAGUGGAUCUAAUAAUUUAACUGUAGGCAUUUCUUCUCUGUAUGUUUAACCUGAAACUCAAAGUUGUCUUUGUUUUGUGCUGGAGGGUCAAGAUGGUAAACCUGGGCUGAGAUAAUCUUGAAAUUAUAUUUCAAAACCCAAACAAAUUCCUGUUCAUUGUCUGUGUUUAACUAUUUGCCUUGCUCAGACUUUUUUGGAAAUACCCAUUUUUGCCAUGAUGAGUUGCUCAUGCCUGUUCCAUCCAGCCAUUUUGGUGGUACAUGCUUGCCCCACUUUGGUUUUGCCAUGUGUUUUUAUGGUGGAGUUGGAUUCUGGGACCAACCUGAAGGGUUUCUCAUUCAAAUGAGUGGAUUUCCUUAGUGUUACAAAAAAAUAUUUUGAAUAGUCUUGCAUUGUGGUUCUUUAAUUCUUGCAGUCGAGGUGCAAGGAGUCUUCUGUGAAUAAUUGGUAAAGUGGAAUUUUUUUUAAUGGCUUGUGGCAUUGGAGAGUUCCUAAUGAAGCCCCUUGUGGAAAGAGGAUGGAUGGUUGUAGGAGAUAAGUGGCAGGUCUGUGGAGGAAUCAAAGGGGAUGGUGUUGGUUCUACUGGUCGAAGCCAAUGGUUUUGGGCUGUUGGGAUGCUGUGCCAUGGAUGUUCCCAUAGAAACCCAAACUAGCCCGUUGCCCCUUUGUCCUCCAGUGGUCCCCCAGUGGCUGAUGGCUGUGUCUUGUUGUGGUGCUUAUGAAUAUGCAAGAUGUUCUUAUGCUUUAAGGGGUUGGUUUUGGUCAUGGAAGACAACUGGUAGUCAGAAUCAAGUGGUAUGGGGGUACUUGGAUCGCCUCCAUUCCCUUGGUGAUACAUCCUCUCAAUUCCAGGAUGUUGUGUUGGAGAUGUCCAUUGAUUGAUUUGCAAUUCUGCAGCUUGGCUGUUGUGCAGCUUUAAAAUUAAUUUGUUGUGUUAAAAUCUGUUAAUGACCAUGAAUGGGUUAAGAAAAUGCAUGAGAAAUGAGCAGUUUGAUGGAGUUGGACUGGCUUGACCGCAGUGCCUUGGCGUAGCUGAUGGAAGCGGUGUGGCUGCUGGAUUUGAGUUGUGGGGGGAACCACCAGGGAGGCGCUGUGGAGCUGGAGGGCAAUCUCAGCUCUGUGGGGUUGGCUUGGGAGUGGAGGAUGCUCCUGUCCCCCCCUGCCAGUGCCAGCACUGGGGGGCAAAGGGAAGAGCUCUUGUCUGGGGAUUCCCCCACCGAACUGGGGGGAAGCUGCCCCUUGGGUGGGGUGACCGCCGGGGUGGGCUGCUGCUGCCUGCAUGGCUGUGAGCUCCACUUCCAUGCCUUCAAAAUGGCUUGUAACAGCACCACUUCCUGUCCAGGGAGGAAGUAAUUUUAGCCCAGGCACUGAAAUAUUUAGCAAAUCUUUAAAACAAAAGGCACAAAUUCCAUUUCUUUCUGGCUUCCAAAGGGUGCCUGAGCCACAUGGGGUUAAGGUGCCCCUUGAGCUGGGGUAGUUGGAAGGAGCCAGGGCUGUGGGGUAGCAGGCACCCUUUAGGUGGAGGCUCUCUCUUUUUUUGGUAGAAAUGAAGGGGUGGGUCUAUGGUACAUCACCUGAGUUGUGGGGUAAAUGUAGAGAGUGUCAAUCAAAGGCAGAGCUCAGAGCUGGGAAGGAGCUCUAGAUGGCGGCUGUGCCUUAGAGAGAGCGCGCUCAGCUCCGUGCCUUCCCCAACACUUUACGCAACUUUCCCUAACUUUCAGGCAGCCUCAGGGGGCCCCCACAGCCCCUUGCCUCUCCUAGGCACUAAUCGGGGGCCGAGCGGACCUUUUUCGGGCAGAAAAGCAGCUUUUGAGGGCUCCCUUUUCGUGCCUUGCUGGAAAGAAGAAGCCGUGGAGAGAGCCCAGGUCGUUGUUUUUCCAGCUUAGAAGCCAUGGCGUACCUCCAUUUUUGUGCGCUCUCCUAAUGAGCUUUUUCCCCCGGACAUUUUUGUACUAAUUACCGCUUCUUUUGCUUUAUCGGCAGCAUAUUUUUGGGAUUAGAAUAUAUAUUUUUUUUCAUUUUCUGAAAUUUAUAUUUUAUCGGUAUAAUUACAAAUAUUUUGGAUCUAAUGUUUUUCCACUACCCGAAACUAAUAUCGACUUGGUCCUGGCGGCGGUGCAUGGAUCAGUAAAUACCUGGGCACAGGACUUCAAAGCAAACAGACACCCCUGACCCCCUUUUAAUAUUUAAGAAUAAAAAGAUGAUGAGAAAUAAGGACAAAAGCCAAGGAGAGGAGGGUUCAGUCCACAGCAAUGCAUCGAGUCACUCGGCAUCCGAAGAAGCCUCUGGCUCUGACUCUGCAAGCCAGUCUGAAAGUGAGCAGGGCAGCGAGUCAAACAGCAGCUCCGAGUCCUCUGAGAGUCAGUCUGAAUCCGAAAGUGAAUCAACGGGUUCCAAAUCCCAGCAGACCCCUCCUGAAACCAAAGAAAAGCCAGCCUCUAAGAAGGAAAGGAUAGCAGAUGUUAAAAAGAUGUGGGAAGAAUAUCCUGAUGUUUAUGGGGUUAGGAGGUCAAACCGAAGCAGACAAGAACCGUCACGAUUUAAUAUAAAAGAUGAGGCAAGUAGCGAAUCUGAAAAUGAGAGCCCAAAAAGAAGACGCCAGAAGCAGUUGAAAAGAAAAAUUAAAUGGAAAAGGGAGGUCUCUGCUGGAGAAGAGGAUGAAGAUGGAGGGGAGCAAGGCACCAGUGGAGAGAGUGAACCUGAACCGAAGAAAAUUAAAGCAAGAAGACCUGUCCAGAGGAGAACAGUGGCCAAAACUGGUGUUAAAAAGCCCCACAAAAUCCAGCGUGGGAAGAGGAAGAAACCAGACUCAUCUGAAGAUGACGAUGAUGAUGAAGAUGAUGAGACCCCCAAGAGACAAACUCGGAGAAGAGCAGCCAAAAAUGUCAGCUACAAAGAAGAUGAUGAUUUUGAGACGGAUUCUGAUGACCUGAUAGAGAUGACUGGGGAAGGAGCUGAUGAACAACAAGACAACAGUGAAACUAUUGAGAAAGUCUUGGACAUCAGGCUUGGAAAAAAGGGAGCCAUCGGAGCCUCCACCACGGUGUACGUGACCGAGGCCAACGGCAACCCCAGCUCCGACUUCGACCCCGAGAAGGACGAGGGCGAGGUUCAGUACCUGAUCAAGUGGAAGGGCUGGUCGUACAUCCACAGCACGUGGGAGAGCGAGGAGUCUUUGCAGCAGCAGAAGGUGAAGGGCCUGAAAAAGCUGGAAAACUUCAAGAAGAAAGAGGAGGAGAUCAAGCAAUGGCUGGGCAAGGUAUCACCUGAAGAUGUAGAAUAUUUCAACUGCCAACAAGAGCUGGCUUCAGAGCUAAACAAACAGUAUCAAAUAGUGGAGAGGGUAAUAGCUGUGAAGACCAGCAAGUCUGCCAUGGGACAUUCAGAUUUCCCAGCAAACAGUCGCAAAACAUCCUCAAAUGACCCCGAAUACCUGUGCAAGUGGAUGGGGCUGCCCUAUGCCGAGUGCAGCUGGGAAGAUGAGGCUCUGAUCAGCAAGAAAUUCCAGCACUGCAUUGACAGCUUCAACAGCAGGAACAACUCCAAGACAAUUCCCACCCGUGACUGCAAGGUGUUGAAGCAGAGGCCGAGGUUUGUUGCCUUGAAGAAGCAGCCCUCGUACAUCGGCGGGGAGAACCUGGAGCUGCGCGAUUACCAGCUGGAGGGCCUCAACUGGCUGGCUCACUCCUGGUGCAAGAACAACAGCGUGAUCCUGGCUGAUGAAAUGGGACUGGGCAAGACCAUCCAGACAAUAUCAUUCCUGUCAUACCUGUUCCAUCAGCACCAGCUGUAUGGCCCUUUCCUGGUGGUCGUGCCCCUGUCCACCCUCACCUCCUGGCAGAGGGAGUUUGAAGUGUGGGCACCCGAGAUAAACGUGGUGGUUUACAUUGGAGACCUCAUGAGCAGGAACAUGAUACGUGAAUAUGAGUGGAUCCAUUCUCAGUCUAAAAGAUUGAAAUUCAAUGCACUUAUCACAACGUAUGAGAUCCUCCUGAAGGAUAAGACUGUUUUGGGAAGCAUUAACUGGGCCUUUCUGGGCGUGGACGAAGCCCAUCGGUUGAAAAACGACGACUCCUUGCUGUACAAAACCUUGAUUGAUUUCAAGUCCAACCACAGGCUGCUGAUCACUGGCACCCCACUUCAAAACUCACUCAAGGAGCUCUGGUCCCUGCUGCACUUCAUCAUGCCAGAGAAGUUUGAGUUCUGGGAGGAUUUUGAGGAGGAUCACGGGAAAGGUAGAGAGAAUGGCUACCAGAGCCUUCACAAAGUCCUGGAGCCGUUUCUGCUGCGCAGAGUGAAGAAGGAUGUGGAGAAAUCUUUGCCAGCCAAAGUGGAGCAGAUCCUCCGGGUGGAAAUGUCUGCUCUGCAGAAGCAGUACUACAAGUGGAUUUUGACAAGAAACUACAAAGCUCUUUCAAAGGGAACAAGGGGAAGCACAUCUGGUUUCCUCAAUAUUGUGAUGGAAUUGAAAAAGUGCUGCAACCAUUGCUACCUUAUCAAACCUCCUGAGGAAAAUGAGAGAGAGAAUGGCCUUGAGACCCUGCAGUCUUUGAUCAGGAGCAGUGGAAAGCUGAUUCUCUUGGACAAGCUGCUGACCAGGCUGCGGGAGAGAGGCAACAGAGUGCUGAUCUUCUCCCAGAUGGUGAGGAUGCUGGACAUCUUGGCAGAGUACCUGACUAUCAAACACUACCCUUUUCAGCGCUUGGACGGCUCGAUCAAGGGGGAGAUCCGAAAGCAGGCGCUGGAUCACUUCAACGCCGACGGCUCCGAGGACUUCUGUUUCUUGUUGUCAACAAGAGCUGGAGGGUUGGGAAUUAAUUUGGCCUCUGCUGAUACUGUUGUUAUCUUCGACUCGGACUGGAACCCCCAAAAUGAUCUUCAGGCUCAGGCCCGAGCUCAUCGAAUUGGACAGAAGAAGCAGGUGAAUAUUUACCGCCUGGUCACCAAGGGGACCGUGGAGGAGGAGAUCAUUGAGAGAGCCAAGAAGAAAAUGGUGCUGGAUCAUUUGGUUAUCCAGCGUAUGGACACCACCGGCCGGACUGUUCUGGACAACAACUCUGGGAGAUCCAACUCAAAUCCCUUCAACAAAGAGGAGCUGACAGCUAUUUUGAAGUUUGGAGCUGAAGAUCUUUUCAAAGAGCUUGAAGGGGAAGAGUCAGAGCCUCAGGAGAUGGACAUCGACGAGAUUCUGCGUCUGGCUGAAACCCGGGAGAAUGAGGUGUCCACCAGUGCCACUGAUGAGCUGCUCUCACAGUUCAAGGUUGCCAACUUUGCAACCAUGGAGGAGGAAGAGACAGAGCUGGAUGAGCGGUCCCAGAAGGACUGGGAUGAUAUCAUUCCAGAAGAGCAGAGGAAAAAGGUGGAGGAGGAAGAAAGGCAGAAAGAAUUGGAGGAAAUCUACAUGCUGCCUCGAAUCCGGAGCUCAACGAAAAAGGCUCAGACAAAUGACAGUGAGUCUGAUGCAGAGACCAAGAGGAGGCUUCAGAGAUCGUCUGGGUCGGAGAGCGAGACCGACGACACCGACGACGAGAAGAGACCCAAGCGCAGGGGACGCCCUCGGAGUGUGAGAAAAGACACUGUGGAAGGCUUUACUGAUGCUGAAAUCAGGAGGUUUAUCAAGGCUUACAAGAAGUUUGGAUUGCCUCUUGAACGGCUGGAGUGCAUUGCCCGGGAUGCUGAGCUGGUGGACAAGUCUGUGGCUGACCUGAAGCGUUUAGGGGAGCUCAUCCACAACAGCUGUGUGUCAGCAAUGCAGGAAUAUGAGGAGCAGCUGAAGGAAAAUCCAGCAGAAGGGAAAGGACCUGGAAAGAGACGAGGUCCUACCAUCAAGAUUUCUGGUGUCCAAGUCAAUGUGAAAUCCAUCAUCCAGCACGAAGAGGAGUUUGAAAUGCUGCACAAAUCCAUUCCCUCGGACCCAGAGGAAAGGAAGAAGUACCGCCUGACGUGCCGUGUCAAAGCUGCUCAUUUUGAUGUAGACUGGGGAGUGGAGGAGGAUUCUCGCUUGUUAGUGGGAAUUUACGAGCAUGGUUAUGGAAACUGGGAGCUAAUUAAAACAGAUCCGGAGCUGAAGUUGUCUGAUAAGAUCCUACCAGUUGAGACAGAUAAGAAACCUCAGGGAAAACAGCUCCAGACCCGAGUUGAUUAUCUACUGAAACUGCUGAAAAAAGAUCUGGACAAGAAAGAAAACAUGAAAGAUGGGGAAGAGGGCAAGCUAAAGAAGAGGAAACCACGAGUGAAGAAAGAGAACAAGGCUCCCAAAGUCAAAGAUGAGCAUGGGAAUGAACUCUCCUCUCCUCGGCACUCAGACAACCAGUCAGAAGAAGGUGAAGUCAAGGAGGAUGGCUUGGACAAGAGCCCAGUGAAAAAGAAACAGAAGAAGAAAGAGAACAAAGAGAACAAGGAGAAACAGACAUCCUCUAAGAAAGAAAAGGAAAGCGAUAAAGAGAAAAAGAAGACAAAAGACAAGAAAGAGAAGCCUAAAGGUGGUGAGGCCAAAUCUGGAAGUAAAGGGAAGAGAUCACAGGGUCCUGUCCACAUCACUGCAGGGAGCGAGCCAAUCCCCAUUGGAGAAGACGAGGAUGAUGAUCUGGACCAAGAAACAUUCAGCAUAUGCAAGGAAAGGAUGAGACCAGUCAAAAAAGCACUGAAGCAACUUGAUAAGCCUGAUAAGGGACUGACAGUUCAAGAACAGCUGGAGCACACGCGCAACUGCCUGCUGAAAAUUGGUGAUCGCAUCUCUGAGUGCCUUAAAGCCUACACUGACCAGGAUCACAUCAAGCUGUGGAGAAGGAACCUGUGGAUAUUUGUGUCAAAAUUCACAGAAUUUGAUGCCAGAAAACUACACAAACUCUACAAGAUGGCUCAUAAGAAAAGAUCACAGGAAGAGGAGGAGCAGAAGAAGAAGGAGGACAUGUCCAGCAUGAAGAAGCCGUUCCGCCCCGAGCCUUCAGGCUCCAGCCGCGAUUCCGUGAUGUCCCAGUCCCACGUGCCUCACAAUCCUCAUUCCCAGAAGAUCCACAUGCCCCCUUCCCACACCCAGCAGCAGAUGCACGGGCACCCCCGGGACAACUACGGCCAUCCAAACAAGAGACAUUUCAGCAACACAGACCGAGGAGACUGGCAGAGGGAUCGAAAGUUCAACUACGGCGGCAACAGCAACCAGAUGUGGGGCGGGGAGCGGCACCACCAGUACGAGCAGCACUGGUACAAGGACCACCACUACGGGGAGCGGCGCUCGCGGGGGGAGCCCCACCGCAGCUCCGGGAACUACAGACCAAACAACCUGUCCCGCAAGAGGCCCUACGAGCAGUACAACAGCGACCGAGACCACAGGGGCCACCGCGACUACUACGACAGGCACCACCACGAUUCCAAACGUCGACGGUCCGACGACUUCAGGCCUCAGAACUACCACCAGCAGGAUUUCCGGCGGAUGUCUGACCACAGGCCACCCAUGGGCUACCAUGGCCAAGGACCUUCGGACCACUACCGGUCCUUCCACACAGACAAACUGGGGGAUUACAAACAGCCCCUCCCUCCAUCCCACCCUGCCGUGUCGGACCCUCGCUCGCCGCCCUCUCAGAAAUCCCCCCACGAUUCCAAGUCACCUCUUGAUCACAGGUCACCUCUGGAUAGGUCAUUGGAACAGAAAAACAAUCCAGAUUAUAACUGGAACAUUCGGAAAGCGUAAAGCGACUGAGAGGGCGAGGCGCGCAUCUGGAAUUCUGGGGUGGCUGCUUUCUCCAGGCCAGCAACGAGAAACUCUGAACAUGCUGCUAUCAUCUGGCUGGGUCAAGGAGGAUCCUGGGGGAGUGGGUGGAGGAAGAUUUUCCCUAGUUCUUGAUUCUGGUUUAGAUUCCCAUCUCCUUUCCCCUUUUUUACCAUUGAACUGUUCUGUCAUGGAACCAGCCUUGCUGCCUCGUUUCUUGUUUUGAUUUUGUUUUCCUCAGUCCAAUGGACCCAAGGGAGUUUUCUCCAGCCAGUGUUUCCUCAGAAGGAGAAGGCAGAUUGAUGCUGCUUAGGAUGGUGCAGAAGGCUGUGUGCCUGCUCUGACUUGAUGUUACAUGACAGAUGCUGCUUUGGGGUUGGGGAUAAACUGGUUGGGCUGGGAUUUGUGUGUCACCAGCAUGGGGCAAUGGGAGGAUAUGUUCAAGGAGGGACAGGAAAGUCCCUCAGCAGCCAAACUUGGUUGAGAGAGGGACUUGAUGUCCCUGCAGAAUGACUCCAAAGGAGCUGGAGCCAUGCUGGUGACAAUCCAUCACUUUCCUGGCCAUGUUAUCAUUUUCAUGUCUUUAUCCAUUUCAAAAAACUGGCUCUGCUUUGAUUGCUGUUGUGUCCCCUGCAACAGAAGAGGUGGGGGGAUCUUCCUCCCAUCUCCAGAGCUGGGACUGGCAAAUCUUGACUCUGGGGGUAAGUGGGAGCUGGGAAAAAGGGCCAACAUCCUUAGCAAAGGCUUAGUUAACUUCUAACCAUCAGGAAAGAAAUUGAUGUGAGAACAGAAUUCCCAGUGUACAGGGCUCAGGAAUUCAUAACAAAACUCUUCUCUUCUGGCAUGGGUGGUCCAGGAACUAACGGAUGGUGGCUGGGAGGUGCAAGAUCAAAAGAUGGCUCUGGGGAUACUGGAACUCCUAAUCUUUCUGCCACUAAAGUCUCUGGUCUUUGGGCAAAUCACUUCUCUCUUUGCUUCACAAAGCAGUGAUCACAGACCUGUACUGUAACUGAAGGAUAGGGGAUGGUAGAACAAAGUGAAGUAGGAAUCCAGUGGAGUGGUCACUGUUCAGGGAAUGGUCACCUUCCUGCCACCUUUCCAGCAGUCAGCAGUGACUCUGAAUUGCUAAAAGUACCUGCACUUGUAGACCUUUUUUUGUCUAAAUUGGAAAUGAACCUGAGGACUUAGCACCUCAGUGAGCAGGGACAGAAUGAGGAAUUCAGGACUGAUCUGUAAAAAUCCUUGGAGCAAAUGUCUUAGAGCCCAGCAUGGCAGAGGGAAAAGAGGAAUGUGCAGCCCAGCUUGGUGGACUUCAGGGCAAACACUCCAAGUAUUCAAACCACAGUAUUUGAUGCAAACCAGUGUCCAGCCUGGACACUUGGUGUGGUGAGAGGGGUUGGUUGUGCACGUCCUGCUGGCCAGAAGCACCUUGGGUGAUUAUUUUUCAGGUUGGAGUUCCCUGGAGACCACAAAGGCUGCCCUGAGCGUGGUGUCUGGGGCUGCAUCACCACCCUGAGCUCAGUAUUAAAGACCAGGCAGUUCCAGCCUCCUGUUUGGCAGGGCACAGAAGCUGGGCCUCCUGUUAAGAUGCCAGUAUUUGACUCUAAUAAGCUGUGAUGUCCCUUCCCCAAAAGACUGAGGGUGUUCAGGGCUGGCUUCCUGACUCCAGCCAGUGCCUUGGAAGGCACAUG